AUGGCCACUCCUGUAACCUCAACACCACUGUCUGAAGCAUCAACAUGCACGAAUACUGGGACCUCUCGAUCAAAGAGGAUUCUACCGCUCUCUCCAGAUGUAUCUCGUGAAUCCGAGAAUCGCCGGAAGGCCUCAAAGGUCAGCCGGGCUUGCGACCACUGCAAGCUCAAAAAGCUCAAAUGUUCCGGGACAAUCCCUUGUGAUGGAUGCACGAAAAGAAAUGUGAAUUGUCAAUAUGACUCGGUGUAUCGCAGAGGCAGGCCCCCAACACCACCCACAGUCGGUCGACAACGGCAUUCCAUGAGUUCUGCAGCUUCUACCGUCCGGCCGAUAAACCCGGUAGAAGAAAAUCCAGAGGUUAUCACCACAAGAUCUUCUUCCCAAGGCCCUUCUGGGCUCGAAACAGCAGAAAUCGAAGGCCAAUUCUUUGAUCCGACAUCAAAUUUGACCUUUAUCCAUCGAGCUUGGAAGAGGCUAGCACAGCAGAACCAGCAAACAGAUUCCGGUCUGUUGACAGGCUCUGAAAAUCUCCAGCCCCUCAUGUCGGCUGGCGAUAUUCCCUUCACCACCAAGGGGGACCAAAGCCUGUUGUUUGUUAGUCAGCCAGCGGCUCUAGAGCUAUUUACCUACUACUUCGAGAACUGUGUAGUGACGUACCGAGUCUUGAAUCAGCAAUAUUGCCGGUCAUGGUUCGAUGCUGUCAUCAACAAUUGGCAUAAUGGGCAACCUUUGGAGACAGACAUUGGGCACGCAAAAGCUGCCAUUGUUCUUAGUAUCCUAGCCAUUGCCAGCUUUCGCCAACAUAGGAUCACAGAACAAAGAUCGAUCCCAGGGAUGUCUCUGCUAUCUCAACAGAGUGAACAGUAUUUCCUCGCCGCAUCUGAUCUGACAGCCCAAGAGACCGGAUUACCACGAUUGGAAUCGGCACAAGGCCGUGUACUACAAGUUUUGUAUUUACUGCAGACAUCUCGAAUGAACCAAGCUUGGUAUGUGUUCGGAAACACAGUUCCCAUCGUCACUGCGUUGGGUCUCCACCGAAAGUCCAAUCAUUAUAGGAAUGGAGGUCGACAACCAACGGAUUAUAUAAUCUCAGAAUGCCGCAAGCGGACGUUCUGGGUUCUUUAUACACUCGACAAGUAUCUAGCGGUUGUUUUUGGCCGGCCUAGAUUCUACCACGAUAACGAUACCGAUCAAGACUUUCCGGACAGAGUCAACGAUGAAGAUAUGACACCACAAGGGCCGUCGCUUGCCGAGCCUGCGAUGGACUGUCAUGUUGACGCUGUGAUAUUCCAUGCGAGGAUAGCAAUCAUUAUCGAAAAUGUAUCUCGCCAAGUCUACUCGCUCAAGAAAAUGCGAUCGGAAGAACGUCUCGCGGCCGCGCAAGAUUUUAUAAAACAGCUACACGAAUGGAGGCAGGCUCUUCCACCUCAUUUCGGCACUAGGAACAAUGAGUCAGUAGAAUCUGACAAUACCUUGCUCUUUGCUCUGGCAGAGAAAUGCCAAAGCCAUUUGGCAAGGACAAUCUCUGCCGAGUCUGCUAGUCGAAGAUACAGCAUCAUUAUUGAGGAGUUGCGUCAAGAGGCUAGACAAGGUCCACAACAUGCCAGCAGAACACUUCAAAUGCUGAACUGUAAUGAGGAAUCACUCCUCUCCAGCGAGCACGAGUCUGGUACAUCUAUGGAUGAAUUGGGCUCCAUGUUUGAAGACCAGGAAUCAUCCAGUUCUGGCCUCAUGUCAAUCAUGAACCCACUUAGUCAGUGGCAGCCAACUGACUGGCUGGACCUCGACUCCUCGUCUAUUGGGAAUACUCAAGUACCACUCUCAUUUUUAUCUGAAGCAAUUGAGUUAUUGAAUGCGAUUUGA